CCUUCCCCCCUUCUCCCCUGGAGGCGUUGUUACGUCUGAGAACCGUGCAGUAUAUGGUAACAUUGGUCGGGAAAGUGAAGGAACCGCGGAGUUCCGCGCGGAUAAAUGACCACCACUGCUUAUCGCGCCCUUUCCACCUCACAAUUGCUCGUCUCUCCAAGAGUUAGACCGACUGCAGUUCAGACAUAACUUUUUUGGUUGCUCGAAUUGAGACAAGCCGCGGACAGUUCGGCAAUUCCCGGCGCUCUACAAUUUUCGUGCUCGCAAUAAUUUUGCCAUGAUUCGUUUGCUCUUUUCUCGACCACCACCACUUUCGCGGAUACCUUCCCUCCUUCUCCCUUCUUCGCGCUUAACUCGUCCUAGCAUCCGAAAAAUGGCUACUGCGUCGACACCCGAGUUCAAUAAAAUGUUGUACGCCCCUUUGGCCGAAAUCGACCCAGAGGUUCAAAAUAUCAUUGACAAGGAGACGUGGAGACAGCUUUCUGGUCUUGAGCUCAUUGCUUCAGAGAACCUUACUAGCCAGUCUGUCAUGGAAGCGAAUGGCUCCAUCCUGACGAACAAGUACUCGGAGGGUCUCCCAGGUGCCCGUUAUUAUGGCGGUAACGAGUACAUCGACGAACUCGAGAACCUUUGUCGCAAACGUGCGCUCAAAGCCUUUAAUCUCGAUCCUGCAAAAUGGGGUGUUAACGUGCAGCCUUACUCUGGAAGCACGGCCAACUUUGCUGCCUUCACCGCCCUCAUCCAACCAAACGAUCGUCUUAUGGGUCUUGGCCUCCCCGAUGGUGGUCAUCUCACUCACGGUUACUACACCGCGAAGAAGAAAAUGACCGCCUCUUCCAUCUACUUCCAAUCAUUACCGUACACCAUCACCCCCGAUACGAACCUCAUCGAUUACCCAGCUCUUGCUGCCCAAGCCAAGAUUUUCAAACCAAGAAUGAUCGUCUGUGGUGCUUCUGCGUACCCUCGUGACUGGGACUACGCCGAACUCAAAAAGACCGCCGAGAAGGAAGGGGCAUGGCUCCUGUGCGAUAUGGCACACACGAGCGGUCUCGUCGCUGCACAAGAACUUAACAGCCCAUUUGACUAUUGUGAUGUAGUCACGACUACGACGCACAAGACCCUCCGUGGACCUCGUGCUGGUCUUAUCUUCUUCCGGAAAGACCUCGAGAACGCCAAGGACCUCGAGAAACGCGUCAAUGAGGCUGUCUUCCCUGCGUGCCAGGGAGGUCCCCACAAUAACACUAUCGCCGCCGUCGCCACUGCGCUCCUCCAAGUUGCCCAGCCUGCAUUCAAGGAUUACGCGAAACAGGUUAUCCUGAACGCUCGUACGCUAGCUGCAUCCCUCUCCGAGCAUGGCUACAAGCUCCAAACGGGUGGAACAGACAACCAUCUCGUUCUCUGGGACCUCCGUCCUCUCGGUUUGACUGGUAGCAAGAUCGAGAAGGUCUGCGAUCUCAUGGGUAUCACCAUUAACAAAAACGCUGUCUCUGGUGACGCUUCCGCCCAAGUCCCCGGUGGUAUCCGCCUCGGCACCUCCGCUUUAACGUCACGCAACAUGGUCGAGUCCGAUAUCAAAGUCGUUGCAGACUUCCUGCACCGCACUGUCCAGCUGUCUCUGAUCCUGCAGAAGGAGGCCGGAACAAAGAUGCUGAAGGACUUUGUACGCGUUGCGACGACACAGGAGGAAGGCAAGGAGGGUUACGCCAAGGUGAAGCAGCUGAGGGAUGAGGUGAGGAAUUUUGCGAAGCAGUGGCCUCUCCCGGGUGUGGACGCGGCGACGUUCAAGAAGCCUGAGGGUAUCCAUGAUGAUUGAGUGUGAGAAUGUUAGGACUUGUGUAGAAGAUUCAACGAUCAUUGUAUUUGUAGUCAUACGUACUAGCGGACAUUCAACAUCGUCC